AUGAGUCGAUGCUGUGAGGGAGAGCUGGGUCCUUGUGUUGCUUAUCCCCAUCAACUGACUGGUUUCUGGGUUUUGCUGUUCACCAGGCAUUCCAGGCAUAGGAACUACAAGGCUGAAUUUGCAUCAUGCCGGUUGGAGGCUGUACCGCUGGAGUUUGGGGACUAUCACCCACUGAAGCCCAUAACUGUCACAGAGUCAAAGACAAAGAAAGUGAGCCGGAAAGGAAGCACGUCUUCCACGUCCUCCUCUUCCUCCAGCUCCGUGGUGGACCCGCUGAGCAGUGUCUUGGAUGGGACCGACCCCCUCUCCAUGUUCGCAGCCACUGCUGACCCCGCAGCCACGGCGGCUGCCACGGACAGUUCCAGAAAGAAACGUGAGAGAGAGGAUAACUCCAUCGUAGGAUCCGAUUUUGAGCCUUGGGCCAGCAAGCGAGGAGAAAUCCUUGCCCGGUACACUACCACAGAAAAGCUCUCCAUCAAUCUGUUUAUGGGAUCAGAAAAAGGCAAAGCCGGGACCGCCACAUCCGCCAUGUCGGAGAAGGUUCGGACCAGGCUGGAGGAGCUGGAUGACUUUGAGGAGGGAUCCCAAAAGGAGCUAUUGAAUUUGACUCAGCAGGAUUACGUGAACCGCAUAGAGGAGCUCAACCAGUCUCUGAAAGACGCCUGGGCCUCAGACCAGAAAGUGAAGGCUCUAAAAAUAGUCAUCCAGUGCUCGAAGCUUCUUUCGGACACAAGCGUUAUUCAGUUCUACCCAAGCAAAUUUGUCCUCAUCACCGACAUCCUUGAUACAUUUGGAAAGCUGGUGUACGAGCGCAUCUUCUCCAUGUGUGUGGAUAACCGCAGCGUCUUACCAGAUCACUUCUCUCCAGAGAAUGUAAAUGACACGGCCAAAGAAACGUGCUUAAAUUGGUUUUUCAAGAUCGCUUCCAUCAGGGAACUCAUUCCAAGAUUUUAUGUGGAAGCAUCCAUUCUGAAGUGUAACAAGUUCCUCUCCAAAACGGGGAUUUCGGAAUGUCUGCCCCGAUUGACAUGCAUGAUUCGAGGGAUCGGGGACCCACUGGUGUCGGUGUAUGCCCGGGCCUACCUCUGCCGGGUGGGAAUGGAAGUGGCUCCACAUCUCAAAGAAAGCCUAAAUAAGAACUUUUUUGACUUCCUCCUCACUUUCAAACAGAUUCAUGGGGAUACGGUCCAGAACCAGCUGGUGGUCCAGGGAGUGGAGCUUCCAUCCUACCUCCCCUUGUACUCGCCUGCCAUGGACUGGAUCUUUCAGUGCAUUUCCUACCACUCCCCCGAGACUCUGCUAACUGAGAUGAUGGAGAGAUGCAAGAAACUAGGGAACAAUGCCUUGCUGUUGAAUUCCGUGAUGUCAGCUUUCCGGGCCGAGUUCAUUGCCACAAGGUCCAUGGAUUUCAUCGGCAUGAUUAAAGAGUGUGAUGAGUCCGGUUUCCCCAAGCAUCUCCUUUUUCGCUCCUUGGGCUUAAACUUGGCCUUGGCUGAUCCUCCUGAGGGUGACCGACUUCAGAUUCUCAACGAAGCUUGGAAAGUUAUCACUAAAUUGAAGAAUCCACAGGACUACGUUAACUGUGCUGAAGUGUGGGUAGAGUACACCUGCAAGCAUUUCACGAAACGAGAGGUGAGCACUGUCUUGGCUGAUGUCAUCAAGCACAUGACUCCGGACCGCGCCUUUGAGGACUCCUACCCUCAGCUUCAGUCAAUAAUUAAGAAAGUGAUCGCCCACUUCCAUGACUUCUCAGUUCUUUUCUCAGUGGAAAAAUUUCUGCCAUUUCUGGACAUGUUCCAAAAGGAGAGUGUGCGGGUGGAGGUUUGCAAAUGCAUCAUGGAAGUUUUUAUCAAGCAUCAGCAAGAGCCCACCAAGGACCCCGUCAUUCUGAACGCCCUUUUGCACGUUUGCAAGACCAUGCAUGACUCUGUGAAUGCACUCACUCUUGAGGAUGAGAAAAGAAUGCUGGCGUAUUUGAUUAAUGGAUUUAUAAAAAUGGUUUCCUUUGGCCGUGAUUUUGAACAACAGCUAAGUUUUUACGUUGAGGCCAGGUCGAUGUUUUGCAAUCUGGAACCCGUUCUUGUGCAAUUGAUUCACAGUGUGAACCGGUUGGCAAUGGAAACAAGAAAAGUCAUGAAAGGAAAUCAUUCCAGAAAGACGGCUGCAUUUGUCCGGGCCUGUGUUGCCUACUGCUUCAUUACCAUUCCCUCCCUGGUGGGGAUCUUCGCCCGCCUCAAUCUCUACCUGCAUUCUGGCCAGGUGGCCUUGGCCAACCAGUGCCUCUCCCAAGCUGAUGCCUUUUUCAAAGCCGCUAUAAGCCUCAUUCCGGAGGUUCCAAAGAUGAUUAAUAUUGACGGAAAGAUGCGGCCGUCGGAAUCAUUCCUUCUGGAAUUCCUCUGCAACUUCUUUUCUACUUUAUUAAUAGUUCCGGAUCAUCCUGAACACGGGGUCCUGUCUCUCGUUCGAGAGCUUCUCGGUGUGAUCCAGGACUACACCUGGGAGGACAACAGUGAUGAUAAAGUCCGCAUCUACACCUGCGUCCUGCACCUCCUGUCCGCCAUGAGCCAGGAGACCUAUCUCUACCACGUAGACAAAGUCGACUCCAACGACAGCCUGUACGGGGGAGACUCCAAGUUUCUGGCUGAAAACAACAAGCUGUGUGAGACGGUGAUGGCUCAGAUCCUGGAGCAUCUGAAAACCCUGGCCAAGGACGAGGCCCUGAAGCGCCAGAGCUCGUUGGGCCUUUCCUUCUUCAACAGCAUCUUGGCCCAUGGGGACCUGCGCAACAACAGGCUCAACCAGCUCUCCGUCAACCUGUGGCACCUGGCCCAGAGGCAUGGCUGUGCGGACACCAGGACCAUGGUGAAGACUCUGGAAUACAUCAAGAAGCGAAGCAGACAGCCAGAUAUGGGUCAUCUGACUGAGCUGGCCCUCAGGCUCCCUCUGCAAACGAGGACCUGACCCCAGGCCCAUGACCAAGGCCAGCGCCUCGGGGCUCUGGUGCCAACUCCAGAAAGACCUGCUUUGAGUUUUUGUUUUUAUUUUAUUUUUACACACAUACAAAUUGGUUUAAGCUUUGGCCUGUACCCAGAUUAUUCUAACGGUGAAGAAGUGGGAAUUGUCAGGGCAUGAAAAUCCAGUCUUGUUCACCCAGCAGCAGCGUCUUAGUGAUUGUUUGCACAAAUGGCCUUCACCUGGGCCUUUAACAAGAAAGAGAAGAAUGCAAGGCACACUUCUUUUCUGGAAGGUGUCUGUUUUGUUAUUGGAAAAAGAACCUCAAAAAGCAGUCCACUUUUAAGGAGCCACUGUUCUCUCUCCCCAUUCUGAGGGCCUCAAGUCCGGAACUGAAUGUUGCCUGAGCCGCCUUGAGGAUUUAUAAAAGGCAGAUGGCUCAAGUCACUCCUUUUGCUACCAGAAGCAGCUCUUGACUGGACUUAGAUGUUGGUGGGUUGAAGGAGAAAGCAAGGUCGAGUGUCAGAUCGUGAGUCCCUGUGAACAGACCUCCUGAAGGCACAUUUUGUGCCGGACUGUUCAGUAAUGCCUUCUGACUCUCUCCAUCCAGGGGAGAACAUGUCUAAACAUAUCGCCCGGUUUGCUUUGCACCAUAAUUCUAAACCGCGUGUGACUGUCUACUUUCUUACCACCAGUCUGGUGGGGCCUGGAAUCAGACUCUUGUUACCGCUGACGGGCUUCCACUGAAUCAGUGAGAGCGUUAAUACUGACCGGUGGCGACUGACAGCCUGGAGCCCCUUGCUCAGGAAAAUGCCUCCAAAUUGUGGAUAAAAAUGCCCCCAAACUCUUGUACCUUCAGAAGGCAGACCCUGGACAUGGAUUACAUUUCCUCCUUACCGUGAGAUGCACCAUUCCAGUUCACGUAAUCUCAGUAAAAGUGGCGAAAAUAAUUUUUAAAAAUAAAGCUAUAUAAACUCACGUUCUAACUGAAUAGUUUAGGACCAAGAAUAUGCUAUGGAUUUUCUGGCCACCUUAAUAGGGGGCUCCCUCCCCCCAGGGUUCUGUUGAGCAAAUGCCUCCGUUAACGAACAGCAGGUACUCAGAACGCCCCUCCCUCCCCUUUACUGAACAGCACGCACAGAAAUGCAGAAGGCUUGGUAGCAUUGCUCAAAUACUCCUAAGUGGCCUUUAUGUCACAAAAUUAUUUCCAUUAAAAUUAGUUCAUAUACCA